AUGAAGUUCGCCACAGCUCUUCUCACAGCGUUCUCUCUCUUCAUCACGUCCUUCGCUCACCCCCUCGAGGACCGCGACGUCGUUCAAACCGUGCACCUCACCUUCCAUGGCGGGCCGGCCUCGUACGAGAUGACAAUCCCAGCCGACGGCCAGGUCCACCCCACGAACAACGGCAUCUCGGUCAACAUCAUCGACGCCCCCGACUACAACGCCAUCAACCAGUGCACCUUUUACACCAACGGCGAGAAGGCCCUGGUCAGCGGUAUCACUCCGCAGGGCGUACAGCAAGUCAUCAUCGGGCCUCCGCAGCCCGUCACGGGGGUCAGCUGCUACGGCAUGUGUGUGCCGACCUACGGCGCCUGCUACGGCACCGAUGGCCAGUAUGUCGGGCCGUGCUGCAACGGCUUCUGUGCCGCUACUAGAUGCAGACCUUGGAUCCAGCCAUCUUGA